GCGCGGGCCAUGGGGGGCAGCCUGCGGGUGGCCGUGCUGGGCGCCCCAGGCGUGGGCAAGACGGCCAUCAUCCGCCAGUUCCUGUUCGGUGACUACCCGGAGCGCCACCGGCCCACGGACGGGCCCAGCCUCUACCGGCCCGCGGUGUUACUCGACGGCGCCGUCUACGACCUGAGCAUCCGCGACGGCGAUGGUGCUGGCCCCGGUCAGAACCCCAGGGGUCUAGAGGAGUGGCCAGACCCUAAGGACUGGAGCUUGCAGGACACGGAUGCCUUCGUGCUUGUCUAUGACAUCUGCAGCCCAGACAGCUUCGACUACGUGAAGGCGCUGCGGCAGCGGAUCGCGGAAACCAGGCCGGCGGGCGCACCCGAGGCGCCCAUCCUCGUGGUUGGCAACAAGCGGGAUCGGCAGCGGCUGCGGUUCGGGCCUCGGCGUGCGCUGGCAGCCCUGGUGCGCAGGGGUUGGCGCUGCGGAUACCUCGAGUGCUCCGCCAAGUACAAUUGGCACGUGCUGCGUCUCUUCCGCGAGCUACUGCGCUGCGCUCUGGUGCGGUCACGCCCUGCGCACCCGGCUCUGCGCCUGCAGGGGGCGCUGCAUCCGGCGCGCUGCAUCCUCAUGUGACUGAAUUGGACGGCGCCGCCGAGGGCGGCGGGGGUGGGGGUGUCCUCCAUUUGACUGGAACGACUGGGGACCCGGAUUGGAUGAGAUUGCCCAAUUUCUCUUGGAUUGGACAGGACAUUGUCCUCCGUGAAUGGCUGAGGAACGCUCCCACCCAGUCUCCUGGGCAACAGGCCUCUUUGAACAUCAUUGGACCCACACAGGCCUCAAGCCCCAUUGGACAGAUUAGUCUUUUCUGGGAAUUCACUGGGUCAUGAUCCCAUUGGAUGGAAGGAACUUGGCUGUGAAUUUGAUUGGAAGCUCUCAGACUGCUCUUGGAGUUUCAUUGGACAAACUAUUAAGUCAGACCUCUCAGGAGGUAAUAAAGAGGGAAACAAUUCAA